CAUGGGGUUCUCAUCAAAAAAAUGGGCACAUAUCAUAUCUAAUUUCGCCUCCAUUUUGUACUUUUUCAUAAUUAUUGUUCAAGUCCCACUUUUCAGAGUUCCAUGUAGAAUAGGCACUUGCCAAACACCGGUGGAGGUGAUGGCCUGUGCGGGUGGAUUCCUCCCUGAAUUUGUGGUGAAGGCCCUUCUCUACCCCGGAGCAAUUAAACGGUCUGUGAUGAAGGGCGCAGCCGUUCCAAGCCCUGAACAACUGCUGCAUCCUUACAUGUUUAAGAAGGGUAAACCAACUGAUCUCAAACAGUUGGAGGUUAUUGCAGGUAGCUACCUCUCAGUCACGGGGGCCUUUCUAGGGCUGCUGAGGCACGGGAGAAUGAGUUACUCCGGCCUAAUCCUCGUCGUAUGGGGCAUUGCGAAGGAAAUGUUUGGCGGUAAACAUGCAUCGGGUGCUUGCCUAUUUCCGGAGAUGGUUAUGACUAUGGUUAUCGCGUUCUUGUCUAUGAGACGGGACGUGAGGAAGCUUCUCAAAUGUUGCAAGCCCGGCCGCAUUGCUAGACGUCUCAAGAAUCGGUCCAAAGCCAAAUAUAGUUGAGUCUUGUGUUUUGGUUAAAACUCCUCACUUUUUGUAGUGAUGCACUUCUCUGCUUUGAGCAAAAUAUGCAUAUUUUUUGUUGUUGCAGUUUCUGUAUUUCAGCCUGAGUUAGAGGUAGUUGAGAGUUAGUACUAUAUGAUAUCAGAAAAUUAUUGAAAUUGUGAAAUACAAUGAUCUUAUUUGCCAUCACUAGGCAAAGAGCAUGCCAAAAUUUUGGGA